AUGUCAGAUAUCCAUACCCAUAACCUUCUCUUCGAUACCCCCAUCAGAAAUGACCGUCCCAUUGUGUUGGAUAAUGAGAAUGUUAUUCAGUCUCUAGAUAGUGUGUAUAACCGCAAAAAAACUGAAAAAUUCUUCCAACUAUAUAUGGGACUACUACUUUUGCAAUAUAUAACCAUAUUUUGUUUAGUUCCGUUUGACGGUAUUGAUAAUAGACCUCCAAUAGCCGUUUGCUCGGCCCUUUACUCUCUUGCCAUGGUAUGUUGUUCUCUGCUUGCUAUUUCCCUGGGUCCAAGUUGCUAA